UGACGUGGCUGUGGGUUUUUCUAUAUUUGGAUUUUGAGGAAAAAGCAAGAGUGGCCAGGCCAGAGGUUGUUUUUAAGGAAGUUUUUCAUUUUUUUAAAAGCCAGACAUUACACCACAUUUCAUGGCAGAUUCCUGAUGCCCAACGGAUUGUCUGCCCUUUUUUAACAAAGUUGGGUUCUUUAAUCUUGUGGUUGGUAUGAAGGGGAAAAUGGCUCCUUGAUGUUGCAAGUUUGAACAGGAGACCAUAUGAUUCUUGCCGUGUUAUGAUUUUUAGGAGCUUCUGUGGCAAAGAUAUUUAAGGGUGGAGGAGGUGCACUGAUCAUAAGUUUUAGUCUGUCCUACCUUUCCCUUCUACUUAGAGCAAUUAUAGGCCAGCACCCACAACUAUAAUAACGGUAUAAUGGGAUGGCAGCGUAGCAGCAAUAAAAACCACCCUGACAGAUUAACAGUCCUGUUGGAAGCUAUAAUUAAGAAGAGACCGAAGGGUGAGUGACUGAAAGAAAAGGGGCUAGAUUGAUAAAUGUACAAUAAAUAUUCAAACCAAAACAUGUUUUGGGGAUGUAGUGAAUUGAUGAAAUUACAAUGCCAUAGUGUCAUGUCCAUAACUUUAAAAUUAUGAGUCUAUUAUUCAUUUUAAAUUGAAUGUGUCUUCAGGGUAAUUUAAUUCUGUUUAACUCGUUGUUUCCCGAAGUUGAAGAUGUCUACAUAAUCACAGUCUCUUGAAUUUUGUGGCAGUCCACAGCAUAACCACCACCACUUCUUACCGCCCAUGCACCUCCCUCUCUCCGUCACAGCCUCCCUCUCCAUCGACUUCAGCUGCAGUCACUUUAAACGCGUCUGCUGCUUCUGUCUUUUCAUGGAUUUUUGAGGGGCACAUGGAUCUGUAAUUUACUGUAGCCUAUAUUUUUUAUUUAUUUAUUGCGGCACAGGGAACUCAUUCAUGAAUUUUCUGCUCCAUGUCUUUUGGCUGACAUUUUCCAUGUUUUGAUGUUUAUAUGAGGGGAUAAAUAGGCCCACCAUGGUGUUUCGAAUAUAAACCAACCGUUCUCUACGUUUUAGUUUUAAUGCAGCCCGUUUUCUUUUUCCCAAUAACUGGCAGUGGGAGGACCUCAUAAGCUUUGAGUUACACUUUUGGAAUGGCCCCAUUUUGUAUCCUUCUCAUGCGUCUGUCGGAGGUAACUUCACGGGAGCCGCGACAGGCGCAGUGAGCAACUGAUGAUUUACAUUAUAUGCGACAUGGGCUGAGCUACAGCGACUGUUUUCUUGAGAGCAGGUUUGGACAGAUUGGAAAUGGAUAGCGGGUAAGAAAGACAACGCUUUGACUCAACACAGACUCAAGUCGAGUGAGCCAUAGACCAACUAGGUUUUUUUUUUUCCAAGCAAAAGUCUGCAUCAGCAGAGUAGGCUACAGCCGCCGUUCAUCUGGUCGGGGCCAAGUCCAGUUUGGCCAGUUUGGCCCUAUCUUACAUUAGAGCUGUGUGCUUUAAAAAAAAAAAAAUUAAAAAGAUAAGAGGCGUCCUUUUAUGGUAUUAAGCUAAUAUUUUAAAGAGCAUCUGUCUCUUGAGUGUUCCCUAGCCGUGUGGACCAUGUGGCUGUCGCAACUAACCGUGCUCCUGCUGCUCCGGGGGUUCGGAGCACUCGUGGAGGGGCUCAACACGUGCCAGUCUAUAAACUUGGAUGAGCAGAAGUCUCGGCGCAUUGAAGCAGUGCGCGGACAAAUCCUCAGUAAACUGCGAAUCCGCAGCCCACCUGACGAUGACGAUGAUCAGCCACCGGCCCCAGUACCCACAGAAGUGAUGCUGCUCUACAACAGCACGCGGGAGCUGCUCAAAGAGCGCGCGCGUCUGGCUGAGUCUGCGUGUGAUCGUGAGAGCAGUGAGGAAGAUUAUUAUGCAAAAGAGGUGCAACGGAUUGACAUGCUUCCCGUGCGCACCGACAACAAUGCCCUGCAGCCUGUGGAUCCAGACCCACACUACAGAGUGGUGAACUUUGAUGUCAGUGCAGUGGAUCUGACCAACAGCACAUUGGUUAAAGCUGAGUUUAGGAUCUUCAGAGCUCCUAACCCAAAGGCCCGAGCAGCAGAGCAGAGAGUGGAGAUCUUCCAGUUACUUAGACCAGAUGAGGAUAGCACUUCCACACAGCGUUACAUUGACUCCCGCACCAUUCAGACCAGGGCAAAGGGGGCCUGGAUUUCUGUGGACGUCACAGAGACAGUUAAAGACUGGGUGUCGGACUCAGAAAAUAACUUGGGUUUAAAACUGAGCAUCCACUGCCCCUGCUGCACAUUUGUCCCAUCUACCAACAACAUUGUUCCCAAUAAGAGUGAAGAACUGGAGGCCCUCUUUGCAGGUGUGGAUGAUGAACAGCUGCGUCAGAUCAGAAAGCCAGGUCAGGUCAAAGGUCAAGCGGACUUCAGCACCAAAACACCUCACCUCAUUCUCACAUUGCUGCCCAGUGACAGAAUGGACAACCCAGCCAAGAAGAACCGCAAAAAGAGAGCCGCCGCUACAGACGGAAUCACUUGCUCCCGUGGAUCAGAUCACAACUGCUGCCUACGCUCACUCUACAUUGAUUUCAGACGUGAUCUAAACUGGAAGUGGAUCCAUGAGCCCAAAGGCUAUAAAGCAAACUUCUGUGCUGGCAACUGUCCCUAUCUGUGGAGCGCCAACAACCACUAUAACAUGAUCCUGCCCCUGUACAAUAAGCUGAACCCAGAGGCUUCAGCAACACCCUGCUGCGUUCCUCAAGACCUGGAGCCCCUCACAAUCAUGUACUUCAUUGGCCGCACACCACGUGUCGAACAGCUCUCCAAUAUGGUUGUCAAAUCCUGCAAGUGCCGCUGACCAGAUUAACAGAGACAGUGAGCUGUGGAUAGGUGGUUACCAGACUACAAAGGCUUGUGAGAAGAACAGCAGCACAUCUUAAACAAGGAUAAUUUUGUCUCUCUUUGUCACCAUUUUUGUUCCACUCAGCAACCACCUUUUGAUAUUGGACACUGUAAAUAAGAACAUUAUUCUAUUAAACCUUUUACUUUGAUAUUAAGACAUGACAUGUGAUUCGAUCUUCAUCUUAUUUGAAUGCUGCAUAAAAAGAAGUCUUCUAUAAAACAUUUUUGGCUAAAGAA